GCUCCCGCCCGUCACCAUGUCCGCCCAGGCGCAGAUGCGGGCCCUGCUGGACCAGCUCAUGGGCACGGCCCGGGAUGGUUCAGUGUAUCUUUGCCUGCCUACAUCAAUCUGCAAGGGAGUUGCAGAAAAGCCUCAUGUUCAUCGAGCCGUGAGUCACAACCAAUUUCUAAGCUGUUAUAACAAAAAAGUGUUUGCUUUUUUUCACACGUAUCUUUAAAAGUGUAGUUUAGAAAGAGAGCAUUUUCAAUAAAAAGACACUACAUUAAUCCUGGAUGCUUGCAAAUCCUAAAAUAUAUUCUCCUCCUUUAGUAUUACACAGCUCUGUGUCCUAUACACAGAUUAGCUUUUAAAUUUGUCACAUUCCACUUUGCCUUUACUUUUAUGUAUCAUUCCCCUGACUUCCUUACUGCAGGUUGGGCAAGAAAACUUUUCCUUUAAAACUUUUCAACUGCGGGCAUAAAAUUCUGCAGCUGAGGUCUUGAAGAAUGCAGAUGGGAGAUGAAACCAGACAGAGGGUGAAGUUUACAGAUGACCGAGUCUGCAAGAGUCACCUUCUGGACUGCUGCCCUCAUGACAUCCUGGCUGGGACGCGCAUGGAUUUAGGAGAAUGUACCAAAAUCCACGACUUGGCCCUCCGAGCAGAUUAUGAAAUCGCAAGUAAAGAAAGGGACCUGUUUUUUGAAUUGGAUGCGAUGGAUCACUUGGAGUCCUUUAUCGCUGAGUGUGAUCGGAGAACUGAACUUGCCAAGAAGCGGCUGGCAGAGACACAGGAGGAGAUCAGUGCAGAGGUUUCUGCGAAGGCAGAAAAAGUACAUGAGUUGAAUGAAGAAAUAGGAAAACUUCUUGCUAAAGCUGAGCAGCUGGGAGCAGAAGGAAAUGUGGAUGAAUCCCAGAAAAUUCUUAUGGAAGUGGAGAAAGUCCGUGCAAAGAAAAAAGAAGCUGAGGAAGAAUACAGAAAUUCUAUGCCUGCAUCCAGUUUUCAGCAGCAGAAAUUGCGUGUCUGUGAAGUCUGCUCAGCCUACCUUGGUCUCCAUGACAAUGACCGUCGACUUGCAGACCACUUUGGGGGCAAAUUACACUUGGGGUUCAUUCAGAUCCGAGAGAAGCUUGAUCAGUUGAGGAAAACUGUGGCUGAAAAACAGGAGAAGAGAAACCAGGAUCGCUUGAGGAGGAGAGAAGAGAGGGAGCGUGAGGAGCGGCUGAGCAGGAGUUUUAGGUCUGGAUCAAGAACCGGAGAUCGAAGGAGGUCGCGUUCCCGGGACCGGCGUCGGAGGCGGUCAAGAUCUCUCUCCCGAGAACGGCGAAAGCCGUCCCGGUCCCGGUCCCGAGACAGACACCGGCGUCACCGCAGCCGUUCCCGGAGCCACAGCCGGGGCCACCGCCGGAAUUCCAGGGACCGGAGUGCGAAAUACAAGUUCUCCAGAGAGCGGGCAUCGAGGGAGGAGUCCUGGGAGCGAGGUCGGAGUGAGCGUGGGGCCACUGACUGGAGGCUUGAAGGCUCCAGUGGGAAGACGUCGGAGGAGAAGGAGGCUGGAGAGGUCUGAGCCCAUGCCUGGCGCUGUGAAUGGUCUGAUGAGUGUGUGACAGCCUGAGGUUACCCUUUAUAUUUGCCGAAUACAGCACAUCUUUUGUAGUUUAAAGUUUCUAUUGUUUUGGAGCUAGCUGUGAGUUUCUAGAGAUGUACAGAAUUACUCCUGUGUUCCGGGGUUAUGUUGAGUAGGAAUAAAUAAAUCUGACUGACUGCCUCCUGACUGCUGCAA